GAGGGAGGGGGUAGCAAUGGGAAAAAGAAAAAAAACGGUCUCACCUCGAUUCGCCUCUCUCAAUGUAUUUUUCCAGAAUCACGCUCAAUGGGGGCAUCCCCUGUCAAUCAGGAUCAGAUCGAUCAGAUCAAACCGCGCGCUCUCGACCAGAAAUUUCCCAUAGUUCCAAGAGGCACUGUUUGUGACGUCAACACAUUUGUUGCGUGCGCAGCUCUUGGCUUCUCUUGAUUUUCUCCGUAAUAUUCCAUCUUGUGAUAAAGCCACAAUGGAUGACACAGAAGACAAGAAAAAAAGCCUUUAUGUUGGGAACUUAGAUCGUCGUUGCACCGAACAGUUUGUCGAGGCUAUUUUCUCCAAGUGUGGAAAGGUUGUGCGAUGCAAAAUGAUUAACGCGAGUUCCUCAACUGAUCCUUACUGCUUUGUGGAAUUUGAAAACAAAGAAGAUGCGGAGUAUGCACUUUUUGCAAUGAAUAAUAGGCAUGUUUAUGACAAGAAUAUCAAGGUGAACUGGGCGACUAGUAACACAGGAGGCAUGAGAAAGGAUACAAGUAAUCAUUACCACAUAUUUGUGGGUGACCUUGAUUCAGAAAUUCACAAUGAUUGUCUUUACAAAGCUUUUGCUGCUUUUGGACAAGUGACGGAUUGUCGUGUCGUGAAAGAUAGUACUUCUGGAAAGUCUAAGGGAUAUGGUUUUGUGUCGUUCCUCAAAAAAGAGGUAUGUAUAUCGGGACCUUGUUACUUUAGGCUACUGCGCCAGUAUGAACCGCUUGAUCCAGAGGCGAGCGUAGGAACCUUGAGGCCACCACACUGUGCCAGUAUGAGUGAAGACAAAUCCUACUUCGAAAAUAGUGCAUAUGAGCUGAUGUCACAUUUAAGAGUAAAACGCUACAUUCUCUCUGAAGUAAAUCUUUUGUUUCUUUUCCCUUUGGCAGAUGACACACUUCGUCAGAACUUUUCACAGUUUGGACAAAUCUAUGACAUCAGAAUAUUCCCAGAGAAGUUUUAUGGAUUUAUCAAAUUUUAUACGCAUGAUCAAGCUUUAGAAGCGAUUUACCAAUCACAGAGAACUGUCCUAGGAGAUAACGUAUUGAAAUGUUCUUGGGGGAAGGAAAAUGCAGAAAUAAACAACGUACAGCAGCAAUGGCAGCAGUACUAUCAGCAGUAUUACCAACAGUUCUAUGGUCAGCAGCCUAUGCAGCAGCAGACACAGGCCCAGGCAGGGUAUGUUCAGUACCCAACGGCAGCAGCUCCACAGUAUGUCUAUUAUCCACAACAGACUUUUGGAAAUCAGCCAAUGCAAGUUGUUCCAGCAGGUAUACCGGGAUACCCUGCUCAAAUGGCGCCAGCGUCUACGGCUGGUCAGCAACCUGCCACACAGACACAACAGAUGAUGGGCAUGAUAGGACAUCACCAAGGGGGGCCCGCCCCUGCCAAUGCAACUUCUUACGUCAUGCAGCAGGCUGCAGGCUACCCAACACAGUAAAGAGACACCACAGGACUGUAAACAAGAAGAGAAAAACUUAACCGUCAACAGAGUUGACGAUAGACAUGCCCUCUCUGCUGCAGAGGAACAAUGUAAUGGGAGAAACAAAAAGCAUAAGCGUUUGAAAAUAAAACCCCUCUCGCUUCACCUAAGGUGAAAACGAAAAAAAAAAAUAUCGAAGCUACAAAAAAAGCGAUCUCUUGUUUGGCAUUGAACCCUUUUGAGUUGAAAAAGUAGCCGAGUAGUGCUUAGAACAUUUAACAGAGAAGCUGAUAAGCAUACAUAAGUAUACUUUGUACAGUUUAUGAAAGUAUAUUUUGUAUUUAUUGUUUUCCGAUUUAGGGGGUUGGUAUUCCACCUUCAGCCCCUCUGCUACGAAAGAACUAUAUUUUUUUUCAUGCCAAAAACAGGCAGCUUUACUUGAUUUAUAACUUUUUGAAGACUUCAACACCGCAAAUGAAACUGAACUUUUUCAGCAUACAAAGGUGGUUCAUUGCUGAGCUCAAUUGUAUCCUUCUUGUAACCCGUGUACUCUGUUCAAAAGCUUUGUACAUUUGUUCCAUGUCAAGCUCUCCCUCGCUGGCUGUGCUUAUCUGUAGUGUACCAGUUUAGUGAAUGUAGCAAUGUGAGCCCGAACAACUGUGGGAAGUUAAGUGUAAAUGUAGGAAUAUGUGUGUCUCAAUGUCGGGCGACUAGAACCAAAAAAAAUAAAAGAUCUUUUACAACA